AUGGAACCUGGCCUAAGUGGAAAGUAUCGGAACAGGACCGCGUCUCAUUUGAGACUUGCUUCCAAGGAGGACCAGAACGCGCCAGGUGGCCUUGAAGAGCUGGUAAAUCUAGAAUACUUGGAGAUAACACUCUCGAAGACUCCUGAGUCAUCGAUCGGUGACGGCGGACCGUUUGGUGCACCCUUUGAGUUAAGCUCAUGGUCCUCAGACCUAUGGUAUGAACUCGAAAACCUGAAAGAGUUUCGAUUGAUGUCGGACUACCAGUCCUCGUUCAGUGAAUUCGAUAUCCUAAACCUCCUCAACUUCUUUCCGAACCUCGAGCGCCUUGCAUUUGGACAUAUUCUUCUCACGAGCAGUCAUGGGAAUUGGUGUGAUCUGCUACAGAAGCUAGCGGACCUCAACCUGAAGGAGCUAUGGUUGCUAGAUCCUUGUCACAUCGUCUAUGUCGGUCCCCAACACCACCACCAGCCUCAUGUGGACAACGAUCCUGAUCUCGCGAUCGAAGGAACCCACAAUACAGACUACCACGUGGUCAAGUACGUGUCAGACGAGCACGUGUUGGACGCAGCAGAGGAUGUGUGCGUGAUCGACACAGGAAUGGAAUGGCCCGCCGAGGGUUGUGCAUAUCCACGGUUGAGUAGAGAUUUCCAGUAUCGCGGCUUUAUCUUCUUCGAACAGCUUAGAGAUAGCGAUCCAUCGUGGUGGCAUGCUGAGCGUUUCAAGAGGUUCGUUCUCGAGGCGUCGGGAGAACUAUCGUCAACAGAAGAGCUCGAGGAGUCGGAUUCCUGA